AUGGCGUCUGCUGUACCCGAGACGGAGGGGUCAGCGCGAAGCUCCCCACUGACACCGCUGAAGCUUGUCGGGCUGGUGUGCGUCUUCCUGGCGCUUUGCUUGGACGUAGGAGCCGUGAUGAGCCCGGCUUGGGUGACUGCCGACGACCAGUACUACCUGUCCUUGUGGGAGUCCUGCUGGAAGCCAACGAGUAGCGAGAACUGGCAGUGCAGCAGCACGCUGGACUCAGACUGGCAGGUUGCUACGCUGGCACUGUUGCUAGGGGGUGGAGCCCUGGUGCUGAUGUCCUUCUUGGUUGCUCUGGUUGCUGUGUGCAUUGGCACGAGGCGGCGGUUCUACGCGCCUGUUGCCUUCAUGCUCUUUGCUGCAGUUGUACUCCAGGCCUGCAGUUUGGUCCUCUACCCUGUCAAGUUCAUCGAGAGUAUCAACUUGAGGAUCUACCAUGAAUUUAACUGGGGCUACGGCCUGGCCUGGGGAGGCACCAUCUUUUCCUUCGGUGGGGGAAUCCUCUACUGCCUCAACCCCAAGAACUAUGAGGAAUACUACUAGUGCUACCUCAUGUCUGGAACCCUCUGGUCACAUCUUCAGAGUCUGAGAGGUACACAGGGACUGAAUAACAUUUCUAAUGUUCUGG